AUGGAAGUGAAUCCGUCUGAAGAAAUCUGGUCUUUACGUAUUUUGGCUAUGCGGAUUUCUUUACAAAAUCCGUUUUCCUUUUUCGGUAUUGAUGAGUUUGAAGGCAAACCGGACGACAACCAUUUCUUUUCCGGCGAAAUGUCCAAUCCACGGCUACGCUUGGAGCAUCCCUUGGUGGGCUUUUGGUUAAUUUGCUCCGAGUUGUUUGAUUAUCCCUGGAUUAAUGAGUUUCUGUUGGAGUAUUACGACGACCCGCCAUCCGCAAUUGUCGACGCAAUCAAACAAACAAGAAGGGGCAAGUCUAUCAACAAUGCUCCAAAUCGAGAAUCAGUGAAGGAACCGG